CUGGCCUUCUUUUGACUUCUUCCUCUGUUUCUGUGCAGAAUUCCUCCCUUCAGAGUAAAAGGAUGCAGACCAUAAAGUGUGUGGUUGUGGGCGAUGGCGCCGUGGGAAAGACCUGCCUGCUGAUUAGCUACACCACCAACGCAUUCCCCGAGGAAUAUAUCCCCACGGUGUUUGACAACUACAGUGCUCAGAUGACGGUGGACAGCAGGAUGGUGAGCCUGAACCUCUGGGACACUGCGGGCCAGGAGGAGUAUGACCGGCUGCGCACGCUCUCCUACCCUCAGACCAACGUCUUUGUGAUCUGCUUCUCCAUCGGGAGCCCCUCCUCGUACGCCAACGUCCGGCACAAGUGGCACCCCGAGGUGUCCCACCACUGCCCCAACGUCCCCAUCCUUCUGGUGGGCACCAAGAGGGACUUGAGAAGUAACGCGGAGGCGGUGAAGAAGCUGAAGGAGCAGAACCUGAGCCCCACCACCCCGCAGCAGGGGGCCUCUCUGGCCAAGCAGAUCGGAGCGGUCAAAUACCUGGAGUGCUCGGCGCUGAACCAGGAAGGGGUGAGAGAAGUGUUUGCCGAAGCGGUGCGGGCUGUCUUGUACCCGGUGACCAAGAAGAACUCCAAGAAGUGCCUGCUGUUGUAGUUGCCACGGCGAGCGGAGCAAAGACUGAGGUCUUGGGACAGUUGCAGGGUCACCUCCCAAAUCUAAUUGCACCUUGCACUAAUGGCUUUAA